GUUAUGGAAAUUCAUAGCAUCCUGGAUGAAAAUGAAGCGGUUCUAGACUCGAACGGUAGAGUUUGCGAAUUCGCAACAAAUAAGCUGUCCAAGAUUCCGAAAGGUGGGCUGUUCUGCACACAGUGCAAUAUCAAGUUUUCCACGAAGAAAACGCUCAACCACCACUUAAAGUACAAACACAAUCGAACACAACUUGUGUAUAUAUGCCCUGACUGUAAGGAUCCUUUUGCGAAUGCCUGGUGCGUCUAUAGGCAUCUUUUGAAGGUGCACAGAAAGACUUCUCAGCAAAUUAGAAGGUUGAGGCAACAGAUACAUAACAGUGUCGUAAGGAAAGAUCAUUGUCCAAAAAAGAAGAAAGAUAAUGUUACACCCGCAGAUGUUGAAGAACCAGAUGAAGAAAAUCAGUGGAUAACCAACGUAGAAGACUUUCAGAUGUGCGGCGGAUGCGGUAAGCGGUACGAACGCAAGGCGGCGCUUCAAUCGCACGUCACAAUGUGCUUGAAGCGAAUGGCCGUCUGCAACACGAUAAAGGAGAACAAGAAGCGGGAAGAGGAAGCGAAAGGAGGCAAAAUAAAGGACAAGUCCGUCUCGCCUCUCGGUUUUAAGGGCGCCUCUAAAAGAAAGCCGUACCAGCUCAGAACGUACAAGCCGAGACCGUCCGUUUCCGAACAAGGCUGUGACGAGAAUGCUAACAGUGGCGUAGCAGGCGCUGUCUGUUGUGAAGGUGAUACUGAAAGAACUGCUGAGAAGCCAACAACGACUUCUGUAAAUGAAGGCAUUCCAAACAGUACCGCGUUGCAUCCCUUAACAAAUAUAUCCAACGACGCCGGUUUAGAAGAAAAAGACUCGCGUAAUGCUGCUGAAACGUCCGCUUUAGUGGAUGCAAAUGAUGGGAAUCGAGAUGAUGCUAUAUCAACCUUCAGUAAUUGUACGAUUAAGAAUGAAGUUGAAACGCAGGAGUGGGAGGAAAAAACUUCACAAGAUACUUGUAUUCCUUGCGCUGUGAAUACAAAAGCACCAUCAUCAACAGGAUCCGUUGGCAAUACAGAUAAAAUAUCGAAACUCGAAGUAAAUGGUAAUUUCAGAGAUAUCAACAACGUCGUAAUGCGUAUAGAAAGUAGACCAAAUGAAAUUGAGAAUGCUACUAACAGGUCGCCAAAACAAACUACGUCAAGAGAAGCGCCUGUGGAAGAUGCUCGUAGUGCAAGUAAUAUUCAAAAUAGAGAUGCUCCAUCUGACAGUACCAUAUUAGCAACGAUGCUGAACAACCCUAACUGUAUGACAAAGAACAAAACUAUAACAUUAAUUUCAAGCGAGAGUAUGAGCAGCGAUGAAGAAAAGUACGCAUUACCGCUUGAAAGUACGGUGCCGGAAAUAACACAUGAAUUCAACAAAAUAGGAACAGCCAGUGCCAUCGUAACAGAAAAUCGAAAUAAGGAGUUUAUUCGAUACGAUGAUGUGUCUGAAGGCUCCACUGCAACUUCAGGCCACAAGAGCGUCUCUAAUGGCGAUGACGGUUUAGUAGAAUCGUCAAUGAUGACAACAGCGGAAUAUCACUCAAAUGACAUUAAAGAAGAAGAUUACCCAGUGCCAUAUACUACAAAUGAUUCAAAAGACCAAGAAAAUAACAGUAGCAUUAAAGAUGAAGACCUAAAUGACAGCUCGCUACAAUUAGAUGAAAGUCCUGGAGCCGUAGGAUCGCUGCCAUUAAUGGAUAAUCCGAGUAGCCGAAGUAAUUACAGAUUAGUGUCGUGGGAUAACGAGACAGUUAUUGGAAAUAAUGAUGUGACCACAUUGUUUUCAAACCACGUUGAUUGUUCUCAGGUAGAAACGAAUAAUUUUAGUAGCAACGAUAGAGCCAAGUAUUAUAGUAACGCACUUGCAGUGGAAAAUAACGGAAUGCACAUAUUCAUGCUAGAUCAGAUCAACUCAUGCGGAACCUUAAAUUCAACACCAGAAUCGUCUGCUAAAAUAAAAGUACGUCGUAUAGUAGAUAUGUUGGAUAACAACGCUGAAAGGAAGGCUGAUCGUACCGAUAAUUGCAAUCUACCAGAAAAACUUAGUUUAGCAGUAGAUCCAUCGAAUUCUGCUUCAUGUUUGACGAUAAAAAGUGAGUCGAGCGUAAUCAGUAUCAGUAGUGACAGUAGCGGUAUCGAAAAUCAAAGUAUCAGGGUUCGGAAACGUACAACCGCACGAAAGCUGAGCAGAGAUAGACUCGGGAGGUUUUCUAGUGAUUCUCAACGUGUGCUUCAAAAACACAAAUCUACCAAAAACAAUGGAAAACGUACUGAAAGUCCAGCAGCAGCGGAAUGUAGAAAAAUCGACAACGAGAAGAACUCUGAUCAGGCUGGUGGUAAAUAUCAAGAAAUUAAUAGUGUUUCUUCAAAAAAGAACGAACGGCCUUCCGUGAUUUCCAACGAAUGCAUUGUGAAUUUACAAAAGAUGGAUGAAACCGACAGAUCGAUCGGCGGAGACUCCGAUGGAAGAGGCAGUUCUCCAGAAUUGCGAGGAUUCUCGCAAGAAGAAUCUGAUUCGUUGAAAUCCGUGAACAGUUUUAUCCAGGUAGUUUCCAGAGACUGUACUGAACACGGCCGAGAGCCGAAUACGAACAACAAACAAAAAUUCACUAAAACGUCGCCGAAAGCUGAUAAAAAAGAAUCGUGCAGAACAAGCGGUUCCCCGAGAAGAAGUUGCGAAACAAAAAAGGAUAAAAAUAAAUCGCCCAAAACGAGAAAUAUUUCUAAUCUCAUCGACGAUCGGUGUAUGGAAGGUGAAUCAGCUCGAAAAACACUCGCUAGAAAGGAUACGAAGCGGGAAGAAAUGCUGUCGGAUGAGCAGCGGUCCAAAAAAGAGAGAAAAAUGGGUUCAGAUCAGCAGCAACAAGGAUUAAAACGAAAGCACUCUGAAGUGGCUGCUCCGUAUCAUGGAGAACAGAAACAGGAAUUACACCAUGCAGACCUAUCCCAGAAGGCAUCAUCGUACAUGGACGUCCAUCUCUUGCAGUGCAAGGCGUGCCAGAAGACAUUUCCCAAGCUGACGAUGCUUAUGAAUCAUAUGUCGGCGCAUUUCUCCUGGUUUAGGUUUCAAUGCAGUAGCUGUACUUUAGUGACGUAUAGCAAAACGGAUUGUAUAGCUCACGCUGUUGAGCAGCAUGGAGUGUCGCAAGAAUAUCUAUCAAGUAUGGUACUACCGAUUCCAAGUUGGAAAACGUUGCUCAUGUCUCAUGACUUCAGAGAGCUAGAAGAGCAUGAAGAUACUACGGGGAAACACACUGACGAAGUUAUUGUCGGGUACAAUGAAGAACCGGUUUGCAUCGACGACGAUGAAGCUGUUCACAGCGAACCCGUAAAGCUUGAAUUGAUUCCCGAACCUGACAUAGACGUGGAAUUCAGCUACGAUACCCAUCAAGUUGAACUUCCAACGGAGAUAUACUCAUACGAACCUUAUGAACUGCUCAACAAGGUGGACUGCGGUUUCAGCGACAGAACUGUCGAAGUUUGUGGAGAAGAUUCGACUGCGCGAUAUCUCACGGAAUUUGCAAGUGAUACCAGCGACUUUUUCGGUGAUCUUUUCGAUACGCCAGUGAUUAUCCCCGAGCCUUACCUGACCGAAGAUACCAGUCCUGCUACAGGAGAACUCAAAGGUGAGGUCAUAGUCGUUCUCUCUUCACUCUCAUCUGGUACCUUUUUCAGAGUCUAG